UGAGGGUGGGGUGAUCACGGAAUUGGAUGCUGUUUGUGUGCAGAGUGUAGGUGACGUAUUUCCGUUUUGAAAGCGCCGCGCUCUGUUUUGAAUUCAGAAAAGCAAUGGCGGGGAGAGGAAAAAUGGGUUUGAGAAAUAUCACGUUUAUCACAGAAACUGUAACCGAUGAAGAGUCGUCCCUAGGACAAAACGGAUUCAGUUACAAACAGGUCGAAGAGGAGGAUACCGAUGCGCCCGUAGUGUUUCAAUGCGGUCGUUGCAAACUCCCCGUAGGGGACUCGCUGUCGUGGGUCGGAAGUGAAGACGACCAAAACCAAAUAUUGCUGAAACGUGUCACUGAAAACGUCGUUGUUGGCAGCGAACCGUUUGUCUCGCGGACUCAGACGGAAUUGGGCUGCCUCAUUGUCAACCUUUCCUGCCUCGGCUGUUCCUCGCCUCUGGGUAGAGUUUACACGUCAACGCCGAGGAACUUGGAUUACAAGAGGUCCCUGUUCUGCCUCAGCGUUGAAAACGUUGACUGCUUCGUGCUUGGUUCCUCAACACAGAAAUAUCUAGAGGACGCGCAGGACGAGCCCGUUACAUUAGAAUACCGAGCGAAUGUCGACAUGGAGAUUGGAAAGAUCAAAGCUCUCGCCGUGUCUAUGGCCCAGAGGCUCCUUGAAAUAGAAGCAAAACUCCAGAACAGUGAGAAAAAGUAAAAAUUCUCCGACUCUAGAACUCAUGGGUCACCACGGAGAUGUAAGUGGGCAAUCUUGACAGGUGUCAAGACCUUGUAAUUGUCACCUUGCUCAUGAGAAGAUAUGGGUUUGGUGGGGGGGGGGGGGGGGGGGGGAGGGACAGGUGCGGCCAACAACAAAAGGACUAUAAACCAAAAGCGCGUGCGUGUCUCCCAGGAUGCUUUUUCGUUUUAACGUUCAGACAUUUACACAACUCAAGUUAAAUAAUAAUAAUAAUAAAAAAGAUGUUUUUCUUUUCUAAAUAGCAUGUUUUUAUACUGGUGUUUGUUUUCAGGAUUAGCCCACAUGUUGAUAUAGCCUUACCUUGCUUUGGGAUUUUAACUUGCAAACAACCAGAUUGUAGUCACAGGAGGUAAGGAUGCUGAUGUAUAUUUGUUUACAUAGCUCCAAUGCACAUGUUAUACUUUGCAAAAAUAAAUAAUAAAAAUACAAAAA